UUUUGGUUUUACACUAAGGAAGAUAUCCAGUGGCUUGUGUUGCUCUGUAGCUGAUGAAUAUCACUGUUCAUUUGCUGUAUUGAGCAAGAAAUAUGGUUUUGCCUGAAGUCUAGGAAAGAUUCCUAAGAAAGGGAAGAGCUCCAAAUAGUAAAACUUGUGUUAUCCUUAGCAAUGAUCAUGUGUGCAUAUAGGUUAAAAUAGAGACUUGUGGGAGGGCUGCAGAAAGGUUCUCAGCCAGAGUCAGUCAGAUGAUUUCCGUUGAUAAGAUUCAGUUCUCCACUUCAGUAACUGUCUAAGGCAAAAUGUGUCAGACUCUGGUCAAAUUCUUCUCAACCAUUUGAAGGGAUUUGGAGUCAGAAAUGUAAAGUCAUUAUGAUAGCUUUCUCUAUUUCUCUAUCAAGACCUAUUUGUUCCAGUUCAUUUUAUGAAUGUUAUUUAUGUCAUAAGCCCGCCCCAAGUCAACUUUAAAUCAUCUUUUAUACAUGAAAAAUUCUGGAAUUAUAUUAAAUUCCCCCAAGGAAGUAGUAUCUUUAAAAUGAAAAGCGUCAAACUACAAAGAAAAGCGGUUUCAUUUCAGGAUAAAGCAUGUUCCCCAAGGCUUCAUUCUCAGACCUCUCACUGCCUGGCUUAGUGGUGUGAGCUACAGUUAGCCCCACAGUCCUCCUGCUGAGAUUUUGCAUUAGGGCAAGAAAGAGGUUGUUCGCCUGUCAUUCAGGAAGGUACAAAAGCAUUGUGGUCAUUUUGAGCUACUUAAAUGCUCAAAAUGAAGUAGUUUUCCCCCUAUAAAAACGUUUUUGAAUCUAGAAAAGAAAAUUGUGACAAUUAUAAAGUCCAAUUAUUUAAACCCAGUUGAUCAAUUUCAGGUCUUUGGUAAGUUGGCUUAAGCAUGCAAUCAUGAGAGAUCUAUAAGUGUAUCUCUAAGCCUCAAAACCUCACUGAUUGCAUAAUGGCUUAAUAGCUUAUUUGAUGCUGUAGAAAGUAGGACAUUAGUUUCUGUCCUUAGGCUCUGUGUGACCUGAGACAAGACUAAGUGUACUUGGGCCAAGGCAUAUCUGAUACUUUCAGUCUUGUGUUGCCAUGUUCACAAACUUUUAAAAUGUUUUAAAAUCGAUAUAGAAACAUUGAGGCUCAUUGACGACAGGGGUCCCACAUCUUUAUCAUUCUGUUAAUUCUAGCCAAAUGCCACAGUUUUGUUUUCGUUUUUUGUUUUUUUUGUUUUUUUUCUUGAGUGACACUUAGAAGCACAUCUCUAACAAACAAAAUACAGGGGACCAUUUGAAGCAAACUUGUUUAAACUUGAGGAGUUCUUACUGAAACCUCACCUCACUUGCACGUUCUAGUGAGACGAGGUCCCACUAUUUGUGUCAGAGUAGCAUGCUAGUGAAGUUACCUAAGUGAAAUGACAGCCACUAAAGUCCCCUGUCAUGAGGAUCGGGAAGAGAUCACCUAGGAAGCCUGAGAGUAUUACUUAUUCCUAGAAACCCUUGCAACUGGAAUUAUUUCAGAGAACAUGGGGCAAUGACUGAUGGGGUUAGUAUCCUACCAUCAAUGUGGCCCAUCUCAGCUGUAUAAAGAUCAAAUACUGUGUUAUUUUUAAAGCAUUACAGCAGAGGUAGUAUACCAGCUUUUACAAUGUAUUGUACACAGAUAGAGGUUUCAUUCUCUAUCAGAUAAAAUAUCUUGGAAGCUGAAAUCAAGGCGGAUCUGCCAAACCUGGUUAAAAGGCCCUCCAUUUAUUCAGGGACUCACCGAAUCUCUAUGUGUCGAAUGCUGACUAGAUGCAAAGAGUUAUCAACAGGCAGGAAGCAUAGAACUGACUUUCAUAGGUUAUAGACGGGAUAAAGGUAGGAAAACCUUUCUUAUGUUCAUGUGUGUGUGUGUAUGUGUGCAUGAAUGACACACGUGGGGGUUAGGGGACAGCUUGAGAGAAGCCGUUCUUAUUCCACCUUCUGGGGCCCUGGCAUUAAACUCAGGUCAGCAGGCCAUUUCACCAGCCCUAAACUAGAUGUUUUAGAUUGGGAACAACAAACACCAUGACUAUCUGAUUUAAAAAUUUUCCUUUUACAGAGACGCAAAUGCUGAGACUGGCUCCCCAGGGGCUCUGUCUCAACUUUCUGUAUUUGUUGCUUAACUUCCCUGUGAAAGUGUGUGUGUGUGUGUGUGUGUGUGUGUGUGUGUGUGUGUGUGUGUGUUUAACUUACCCAAGCUAUUGAUUUUCCUUGAACUCUCCAUAGCUCUUCCUCAGGGGAGCACAGCAUAGCUGGAUUUUAAUCCCUUAGAAUGGUGACUUCCACUGUGAAAGUUUCAGCUAAGAUCUUAAUGACCAGGUUUAACAGAUAGACCAGCAGGUGUCCCAAUUACACUCGCCAUUAAAAGGCUUUUGGGGAGGAUUUGAAUGUUAUUAUUAAAACCAUCGUCUGUGCUGCACUGCACCUCGUCAUCCACCAGCGGGGAAGAUUUCAGUGUCCCAGAAAGAAAAUUCGUAUAAAAAGGAAGCCAGGAAAACAGAAACACCGCAACACUCAACACACCGAAGAAGCUUGGCAUCCCUUUGGCUUUCACUUCCCAACAGGUAAAGUUCUUUGUACUUCUACCACUAUUUUUAAUGCUGCUUGUUACUGUAUGUCGAAAGGGUACUUUGCACUCAAGGGUCAAGUCUAGAUGUGAUGGUAUCCAAGGAAGCCUUGCCCUUCACUGAGUGACCUUCACCAGCCUUGGGGGAGAUCCAACCUUGGAGGAACCUAGCAGCUCAUGGCCCAGUGUUGGACAUUGAUUUUAGCUUCAUCCCCAUUAGAUGAAAUUAAUCUGGAGGCAAGUUUCUAUCAACUAACUCUAGGCUAACUUGGCAAGGGGGCAUUUGAGCUAGGUAUCUCCACCUAGAUCAGUAUAGAGUUCUCUCUUGGUCUUGAACCUGGUCCGACCAACUGUAAUGUCUAGAUGGCAGACAGGAACAAGCCAGCAGUACCACGGGGCAGCCGUUUAAAGUCAAGCAACCUCUUAGUAGAAGGAGGAGCUGCUUUUUCAGAGCUGAUGGCCCAGUUCUAACUUCCUGAAUGACAAAGUGGAGAACUGCUUGUAAGGGGGAGGGUACAGGCAAAGUGAAUUUGGUAAGGGAUGAAUUAUGGGUUUCACGUAACCAAACACAUAAAAAUAAAAAUGGGUUACGAUGCCACAAAAAAAGUGCUGAAGAUGCCAGGAUCCAGUACGAGUGCUUGUCCCCAAUGUCUAAGAUGCUCAAGACAGGCAGAUGCCCCCGAGUUUCAUUGUCUGCAUGACAUCCCAGCGCAUGACUCCCUCUGCAGCUGCUGCAGGUGAGUGGUGCAGAUGCUGGUCUCUUUGCUCUGCACUCUUUAUUUUCAUGCACGUCGGCCUGGGCCUGUCAUGAUUGUGUCUUGAUGUCCGUUAGAGUGGAGAUGACCCCCAAACUGACAGCUGCUGUUCUUCUGCUGAGUCUGUGUUUGGAAGGCUGCUCCAGCCAGCACUGGUCCUAUGGAUUGCGCCCUGGAGGAAAGAGAAACGCCGAACACUUGGUUGAUUCUUUCCAAGAGAUGGGCGAAGAUGUCGAUCAGCUGGCAGAACCCCAGCACUUCGAAUGCACUGUCCACUGGCCCCGCUCGCCCCUCAGGGACCUGCGAGGAGCUCUGGAGAGUCUGAUUGAAGAAGAAAGCAGGCAGAAGAAGAUGUAAAUGCAUUGACCCUGAAGGAUCCACAACAUCCAAGUAUAACGUGGACAUUGAAAUUUGUGACCUGUUACAGAGCUGUACCUGUGUGGCUUUCAGCAUUUUUAUGCCCAGCCGCGUGGAUGUCGUAAUAAAAUGAUGUGUUGUGGAUCAAGUACUGUAAAUGUGAUGUGCCUGGUUCUUGA